CAUCGCCGAGGACCAAAGAGGAUUUUCCACGGUUUCUGUACGGUCGCUAUGACCAUUAUACUAUUCUUAGUCGACACAUCCGCGUCGAUGUGCCAGAAAGCAUAUGUAAAUGGCGUACAAAAGUCAUAUCUGGACAUAGCAAAAGGCGCGGUCGAGACAUUCCUCAAAUAUCGUCAACGCACUCAGGAUUGCCUUGGCGAUCGUUAUAUGUUGUUAACUUUUGAGGAACCACCAGCAAACGUUAAGGCCGGCUGGAAGGAGAAUCAUGCAACAUUCAUGAAUGAGUUGAAAAAUCUACAGAGCAAUGGGCUAACUUCAAUGGGGGAAUCGCUAAAGAAUGCCUUCGAUUUACUUAAUUUGAAUCGUAUGCAGUCCGGUAUCGACACGUACGGACAGGGCCGUUGCCCAUUCUAUUUGGAGCCGUCGGUAAUAAUUGUGAUUACUGAUGGAGGUCGUUACUCAUAUCGUAAUGGUGUGCAUCAAGAGAUCAUACUGCCGUUGAAUACACAAAUACCAGGAACAAAUUUUACAAAAGAACCAUUUCGUUGGGAUCAACGACUUUUUUCCUUAGUAUUGCGCAUGCCUGGCAACAAAGUUGAUGAGCGUGUUGAGGGUAAAGUACCACACGAUGAUUCGCCAAUAGAACGCAUGUGUGUCGUGACAGGUGGCCGUUCGUAUCGUGUGCGUUCGCAUUAUGUACUCAAUCAGUGCAUAGAAAGUUUAGUGCAGAAGGUGCAGCCGGGCGUGGUUUUACAAUUUGAACCGAUGUUACCGAAGGAUGGUGUGCCAAACGAAGCGCUGCAAGACAUAAUUUUCCAGCCCAUGAAAAAAAUGAUAUACGUACAAAAGCAUAUUACACAAAAGACCUUCCCCAUCGGUUACUGGCCACUACCGGAGCCAUACUGGCCGGACCCGAAGGCAGUUACCCUGCCGCCGCGCGAUGCGCAUCCCAAAUUAAAAGUCGUCACUCCCGCUGUCGACGAACCGCAAAUGGUGCGCAGCUUCCCCGUCGACAAGUACGAGAUCGAAGGUAGUCCGCUAACUCUGCAAAUACUUCAAAAACGUGAAAUGAACAAAUGCUGGCAGGUGAUCAUAUCGAACGGUAUGCACGGCUUCGACUUACCCUUUGGCUAUUUGAAGGCAUCACCAAAUUUUACACAGGUGCACCUCUAUGUGUUAGCAUAUAAUUACCCGGCGCUAUUGCCGCUGCUGCACGACCUCAUACACAAGUACAACAUGAGUCCGCCCAACGAUCUCAUGUACAAAUUUAAUGCUUACGUGCGCUCAAUACCGCCAUACUACUGCCCAUUUCUGCGAAAAGCGUUGCUCAACAUCAAUGUACCGUAUCAGCUGCUCCAAUUUUUGUUGCCAGAAAAUAUCGACAACUACCUGUCACCGAACAUUGCCAACCAGUUGAAGCAUAUCAAGAAUACCGCCAAACAGGAUCAGGAAAAUCUCUGUUUGAAGGUAUAUAAGCAACUAAAACAGCCGAAACCACCGUAUCGCCAGAUCGAAACAGCAAAAUUGAAUCCGGGUGUUCCGCUGCGACGCGAUCUUGUGCGCCAUCCAUUGUUGAGAGAAACGUUUUCCAAACUACACGCAGAGAUUGAGCCGCUGGAGAAUUACACCAUAGUUGUACCACAGCUGACGCGCCAAGCUUCAGCAAAAUCGUAUCGUAAUCCGUUCGAUAUACCGCGUCGUGAUUUGAUGGAAGAAAUAGCGCGCAUGCGGGAAGCUGUUCUUCGGCCAGCGCCCACAAGUCUAGUAGCUAAAGAUUCUGGUCACUGCCUGCCCAUAGCUGAAAUGGGCAAUUACCAGGAAUAUUUGAAGAAUAAAGAUAACCCGUUGCGUGAGAUCGAACCAACGAAUGUUAGGCAGCACAUGUUUGGCAAUCCUUACAAAAAAGACAAGCAUAUGGUUAUGGUGGACGAGGCUGAUCUCAGUGAUGUGGCACCAAUGAAAUCAAAUAAUGGCGCUGGCGGUGCGCCCAUGCCGGGCGUGCCAGGCGGCUUGUCAAAGAAAAUCGAUGCCUCACGGGCGCGCAAACGCAAAGCGGGCCCAAUACGCAAGGAUUACAUUUUUCGGCGUACUUCCACCGAUGUGCGACCUAGCACGUCGAGUCUUAGUGUAACGUCCUCGAAUUCCUUGAGCGCCUCGGUUUCUUCACUUUCCGACUUUGAUGACGAUAGCGCCUCAGACACCGCGUCUAUUUCGUCCGGCAUGUCAGACGACGGCGAUCCGGACCGACUUGUAGUGGCUUUCGACUUCAACGAAGACGAACCUGGCGACCCGCUAAUAAACGGUUAUGUGCGCAAUUUUAUCAACGGCAUUAGCGAUGAAAGUAGCUGUGAUUCAGACAUGAGUGGACCGAGUUUAGGCCAAAUCAAUUCAACUGUGGCCCUCAGUAUUGCGGCGGGUACUUUGCCAUUAACACCUGUUAUACAAAUGCAUAACAGCAACAACAACACUUUGACACCUAUGUCACCGCCCGGUUCGCCACAACCCUAUUUGAACACUUAUGGUCAGCCUGCAGAUGCAUUGCCUGCUGUUGGCUCAAUAGUGUCACCAAAUAUUUUAGCUAAUGCCNAGUGCGUAUGCGAGCGUGUAUGUGAACACAGACGAAUGGGCGAUUAUUUUGCAUUGUUGAGAAAGUGGGUAGUAGAUGUGGGCGUGGCAUUUUGGUUAAUGAUCUGA